CAUAAUCGUUGUGUGAUAUCAAAUUGAUGUAUUUGUUAACAUGCCUCUAACUUUGAUGAAAAAUCAACGUAAUGGAUACAAUUUAGUCCAUGAAAAGUUUAUAUAUCGAUAUUAUCGUGAAGGUAGCGGUGAUCAUCAAUGGCGGUGUGUGCAUUACAAUUCCGGAAAGUGUCGUGCUGUGUGUCAUACUACGACUAAUACUGCUGAUGGUGAUGUUAUAUCAUGUGGUGAUCAUAAGCACGCGCCCGACCCAUCAAAAAUUAAUGUUAUGUCCGCAUUGGAGAAGCUUCGCCACAAAGCAGCAACGACUGACGAGCCUACUAGUUCCAUUGUUGCAGCCACUGUUGCAGGUGUUCCUAAUGCAGCCGCAGUCAAUUUAGGUAGUCGUCGUGAUCUAGGAAGAACAGUUGCACGAAUCCGAAAGGUCAAUAAUAAUAUUCCGGUGUGUCCUACGACUUUAAAGGAUUUAAUUGUGCCGCCAAGAUAUAGCGUCACUGCCAAAGGAGAGCCUUUUUUAUUGAAGGAUAUUAAAAUUGAUACUAAAAAACGUAGUGAACGAUUAUUGAUAUUUUCGACUGAUCAAAAUAUAAGAUAUUUGAAGCAGUGUAAAAUUUUGUUCGCUGAUGGUACGUUCAAGACUGUACCUACAAUGUUUUAUCAGUUGUAUACUUUGCAUGCAAGGAUAAAGGAUAAAGCCCUGCCGUUGGUGUUUGUUUUGACUACUGGAAAAUCGGCCAGGCUAUAUAAACGGAUGUUGUCGGAGAUUAAAAUUCUAGCGCCUGAAAUGAAGCCCGAACAUGUUACGGUUGAUUUUGAAAGAGCAUUUAUAAACGCUGCUGGAGAGUCUUUCAAUGGUGUCGAUAUUAGUGGUUGUUUCUUUCAUGUUACGCAAUGUAUUUGGCGUGAAAUAAUGUCAACUGGGUUGAAAAAUUUUUAUAGUGAUAGUGCUGAUAAUGCCUUGAAUAUGCGGAUGUUAUAUGCGCUAGCGUUUGUGCCGCCAGAUGAUGUUAUAUAUGCAUAUGAGUCUAUCAUUAAGUCACAAUUUUAUGUUGAUAAUUCUGAGCCACUGGAUGUUUUACUAACUUAUUUCGAGCGUACGUGGAUUGGUGUAUUAAAUCGACGUAAAGGACGUUCUGCUCCUUUAUACGAUAUUAAUUUAUGGAACCAUUAUCGAACGACGUUGAAGGGUAUGGCUCGUACGAAUAAUGAGGUCGAAGGAUGGCACAAUGGCUUUAAUAAUCGAUUAAAAGCUGCGCAUUUAUCGGUUUGGGACUUCAUACAGCAAUUAAUUAAAGAGCAGGAAUGUACUGAUUUUGUGAUUGAGCGUAUAAUAGCUGGUAACAAUGAUAAACGCCAGAAAAAAAUUUAUCGUGAUCGUAACGAUGGUAUAUUGAAUAUUGUUAGUGGUUAUGAUAGAUCAAAAUGUAUAUUAGAGUAUUUACGUGGGAUUGCUCAUAACCUUCAUUGAUCAAUUCUUAACGUGAUAUUAUUUGUAUUUGCUGGCAU